AUGGCGGGCACAAAGUUCGCAUACGUGCGCAAUUUCGAGCUCCCAGACCCACUGUUACCGGACACCUAUCUAGUCUGUCGUCUCGAUGGUCACUCUUUCCACCGGUUCUCGGACGAGCAUGGAUUUUCCAAGCCCAACGACGAGCGUGCGCUCCAACUCAUGGAUCACGCCGCAAAGAGCACGAUGAUCGAGUUCAAAGACAUCAUGCUUGCAUUCGGUGAAUCCGACGAAUUCAGCUUUCUCUUCCGAAAGUCGACCAACCUUUAUAACCGACGGCAUUCGAAAAUACUCACCAUGUUGACGUCCUACUUCACAUCGUGUUAUGUGUUCAACUGGUCGCAGUAUUUUCCAGACACACCGCUGCGAUAUCCACCGUCAUUCGAUGGGCGCAUCGUCGUGUAUCCGACCGAGCGUGCAAUUCGAGACUACUUCUCAUGGCGGCAAGCUGACACCCACAUAAAUAAUUUACACAAUACCAUAUUUUGGGCUCUCAUACAGAAAGGAGGUCAAACUACUACAGAGGCUCAUGCCACGCUCAGAGGCACCGUUUCCGCGACUAAGCACGAGAUGCUGUUUUCCCGGUUCGGUAUCAACUAUAAUGAAAUCUCACAGAGGUUCAAGAAAGGCAGCGUUAUAGUUCGAGAAAUCGUGCACAUACCUUCACAUCCACAAUCCAUAAACGAAGGUGAUGAGAUGCCACCUUUGGACCCUCCGCGUCAAAAACGUUCCAAGGCGAAGAAGAAAAACAAAUUAGAAACUACAGUAGAGGUACUGCACUGCGACAUCAUCGGCGAUGAGUUCUGGCUGGCCCGUCCACAUUUGCUACAAAAUUAA